CAGGACGAGAUCCGCCGCCCGGCCGAGUUCGCGCCCAAGUUCGUCGCGGCGCUGCCCGGCGCUGCGUUCCGCUGGGUCGAAGAGUGCGGGCACUCGCCGCACCUCGAGCAGCCGGACGCGCUCGCGGCCGCCGUGCGGGCCUUCCUCGACUCUGGGCCCGACGCCGUGGCCGGCGAUGACGAUGUCUCCGAGAUCGUUCGCCUCGCCAACCGCGGCGCGCUCGAGAAGCUCGCCGACGGCGUCAAGGAGCUCGACGCAUUCCUCGACACGCCAAUCCUCGACCCCAACGAGCGGGGCGGGCCCCUCGAGCCGCUCAAGGCUUUCGUGCGGAGCGAGCCGGAGACGGCGCAGGUUGCGGCCUCGGUGCUCGCCCUGACCUUCUUCUUCGUGCUCGCGCGCGGCCUGGUGGCCGUGCUUGGCUGAGAGGCGCGGCGAUAAUGAAUGAACGACGCAGCCGCGUGCCUCCCAAAUGGGAAAAGCUAAAGCCUAGUUUACCGCUAAAAAAAUUUGGUAAAAAA